AUGGAGGAGAAUGAUGAUCAUGCUGCGAUCUCCAUGAGCGCCAUGGCUCACAAGAAGCUCGACGAGGCCAAGACGAGCAUGGACGCUACAAAGCUUCGAGAGGUGAACUCCAAGACAACCCACCUCCUAGGCAAUAUCCGCUCAGCCUUGAUCAACAUCUCGGAUCUCAAGCGCGCCAAGCAGUGGCGUGAGAAUGUUGAAAAGCUCCAGAGCGAGUACAAGAUGCCUCGGUUUGUCAUCGGCGUUCUGGGAGAUACCGGAUCUGGCAAGAGCUCCCUCAUCAAUGCUGUGUUGGAUGAGGAAAGAGUUGUUCCGACCAACUGCAUGCGGGCCUGCACAGCUGUCAUCACGGAGAUUUCGUGGAAUGACUCCGAUAAUCCGAGGAACAAGUAUCGAGCCGAAAUUGAGUUCAUUACCCAGGCUGAAUGGACGACCGAGGUCAUCGCCCUCCACCGCGAUAUCCUUGACCACGACGGCAAGCUUUCUUCGGAUAUCAGAAAUGCGGACAGCGAUGCUGGAAUCGCAUAUUCGAUCUUGAAGUCUGUCUACCCAAAGCAUACUGAUCAGCAGCUCAGAGACAUCGACCCUGCUGUUCUUGCAAACUUCACAAAGGUGCGAGAGGUGAUUGGAAAGACCAAGGUUGUGGAAGAAGCCGAAUGCGGUCCUUUCUACACCAAGAUCCAGGCUUUCGUGGACUCGGAGGAGAAGCGCAACAAGUCCGGCACAGGAGUUGAGAAUGCUGAGCCUCAGGAGCUGGAGAUGGCGUAUUGGCCCCUCAUCAAGGUCGUUCGUGUGUUCCUGAAGUCAGAGGUCGUAUCGACCGGCGUGGUUAUUGUGGAUCUGCCUGGAGGACGCGACUCGAACGCUACCCGUGCUGCCGUCGCCGCAAAGUAUGUCAAGGAGUGUUCGAGACUGUGGGUGGUCGCACCCAUCACCCGUGCGGUCGAUGACAAAACGGCCAAGACCCUCAUGGGUGACCACUUCAAACAGCAAUUGAAGUACGACGGUGCUUACAACAACAUCACCUUCAUCUGUACCAAAGCAGACGACAUUGCUCUGGAUGAGGCAGCCCCGAGUCUUGGCUUAGUGGAUGUCAUGGCGAAAGAGCAGGACCGAAAGGACGCAAUGGAAGUUGAAAUUGAGCGCAAGAAGAACGAGCUGAAAACUCUCGAGGUCCAGAAAGUGAGCGCCCAAGAGAAGUACAGCAGCAUCAGCUACGAUUACGAUACUUGGAAUGGACUUCACAAGCAAGUUUCGAAGGGACAGAUGACCUUUGCUCCAAUGGAGUCUCCUCGCAAGCGGAAGCGGUCCCAGCCUCGCCCCACAAUAGGACCUGCAAUGACUAAGAAGGUAAAGAAAGAGUCUGAUCUAAGUGACACGGAGGAAAGCACCGAUGACUCGGAUCUCGACGCCGAUGAGUCCAACAAUGAUGAUGACGGGGACGGACCCGAGCCUUUGUCAGCCGCAGAGACGCUCAAAAAACUUGAGGAACUCAAAGCGUCCAAGAAGACUGCUCGUGAGGAGAAGCGUCAAGUAACCAGACAGAUGGCUCAGAUCAAGAAGGACAUCAAGGAUAUUAGCAAGCAGCGUUCGGCUAUCAAGAUCAACAUGUACCGAACUUGCAUUCAAGGCCGUAAUGAGUACUCUCGCGAGGCGAUCAAGGAGGACUUUGCGUUUGGUUUGAAGGAGUUCGAUGAAGAACUUCUGGCUGAGCAGCAGCAAGAAAUCAGAACUCGCCAGCAGGUCGAGGUGGAGAACCCCGACUACGAGGAAAUCGGCAAACACUUGCCCGUCUUCUGCAUCAGCAGCCGCGGCUACCAGCAGUUGCGAGGUCGCAUGAAAAAAGACCAUCGUGUUGUGGGCUUCACUUCCCUCGAUGAUACUGGAGUUCCGGGCCUUCGUGGCCACACCCUUGAGCUGGCCGCGACCAUCCAGGCCAGCCACUUUCGCCACCAUCUCAGCGAGAUUUGCCGUCUGCUGGGAGCGCUGGAUCUCUUUUUGGCGGGAGACGCCGCUAACCUUAAGCUUUCUGAUAAUGAGAAGAAGCAGGAAACCAAGAGCUUGGGAACUGCUCUGACCAAGCUGGGAAAGGCACUCGGUGAAGCUGUUACAAAGUGCAUGGAAGAUUGCAAGGCAGUCGUUGGGAAGAAUGUCCUGAAGAAAACCAGCAAGGGUGCCGCGAAAGCCUCUGAGAAGGCCGUGUCUACUGCUGAAGGUUGGGGCGCGAAGCACGACGCCGGAGGUCUUCGCUACGGCACAUACAAGGCCACCUGCCGUCGCUUUGGUACCUUCAAGGGUGCAGCGGGCCUCCGUGACUUCAAUGAGGAUCUUCUCAAGCCCAUGAAGAACUUUACUGCCCAGGAAUGGGACUUGGCCUUCAACAGCCGCUUGCCUGAUAAAAUUUUGGCACUUGCCAGUUCUACCAAGCAUCUGAUCGACUCCUUCCAUGAGCGCAUGAAAGAUCGCCGGUUUCUCGUCGAGAAUAACGACUUGGUGAACGGAUUUCUCGUUGUUAUUCUGGCCGCUCAGAAGGAGAAGCUCGCCCAUACCGCCAAGAAGCAUCAGAAGUUGAUCCAGAACGCCCAAAAGGACGCCAAUCGUCUCUUCGGCCCCGUCGUCCAGCGGGCCAUGCGGGUAGCUUAUGACGAUUGCGUCGACUUCAAAGGAACCGGAUCUUUCAUCCUCAUGAAAGACCGCAUGAAGACUCAUGUCGAAUCGCAGAAGGAUAGUAUGUUCAAGAACGCCGCCGGAGAUGUAGAGAAGGCCGUCAACGACAUGCUCACGACCCUCGAGAAGACGAUCCGCGACGACACCAAGAGCAUUGUGAACACCAUGCAGGAGGACUACGUCGGUCUGAUUGGAGAGGUGGCUUCCAAGGCCGACAAUCGCGCCCGAAAGGUGCUGAGCCCUGUGCUCCGCGACUUUUACAAGAACCUGAUUGUCGCCCUCACUCCCGCCAAGGAAGAGGCCGCCACCCCCGAGCCGAUCGACCUUGAGCUUGACGUGGGUGAUGGUAGCGACGACGAGUACCAGCCCGAUGAAGGCAUGAGUGAUUGA